AUGGAAAUUGUGUGGCAGGAUGCAACGAUCUCGCAGUGUGCGAAUAUCUGCCUUCAGUCUUUCAACGAUUGCCUCGCUCAGUUCCACCUUCUCUCUCCACGACAGCAGUCUGCGGUUGACGACCAACUGGGCAGGUUCUCGAUAUGGGUAUCCAACAUCGGCGUUUUUGCUCCUACGCGAGGAUCCCUCGAUUAUCGCCUGCGUGAAGCUCCGGAUAUACAGCGUCUCGUCCGGCGUCUGCUACGGACCUUGAACGACUAUAUUCAACAAUAUCUUUCACAAUUAGAUUACAUCCAUCCCUCCUCUGACUCCACCUGCGGGAGCCCGGAGUCCAUGUCAGACUCGCUCGACCCCAUAGUUGGCGGAAUAGCCGAGGAAAUCACCUUGAUGCAUCAGCUAUCUAACACAAUUCGAAAAGCAAGUAGGGAAAGCCAGAAUGUGAGAGCUGCAACGAGUUUCAGGAUCUUGAACGAGGAUGGGAAUGACAUCGAACAUUGGUUUCUGGACCUCUUCGCACUUGGAAUCAUUCAGCGCAGGUUUCCAGGUUGCAACGAGACACUCCAGAAGAGACUUGCCGUAGCCAUGUUGAUUCGAAGAAAACGAAUUCUUUACCGUCGAUCUCGCUACUGGAAAUCUUCAACCCAGGUUCUUUCUGCAACUGCAAAGGCGAUCCCGCUGCCCAGCAAAGAAGACGUCACCAAUCAAGAGCAAACCCUUGUCCCAGAGAAACCAGAGCCCACACUUACCCAACGGGAGGGGAGCAUUGCCAGUUCUCGAGCAGUAACCGCCACCACACUAAACUUGGAGCAUUGGAAAAAAGCGUCUGCUCCGUCUGUUGUCAGUCGGGCGAAGACAAUACAUUGGAGCAGCCAUGAACAGCUCGAUUUUCCCCCGCCACCGCUAGGGCCGAUCCGACGGAGGCUAAAAGAUCUCAGAGAGCGCCAUUUGGCGGAGCACGAGGAGCGGCUCAAGUUACUAACAAAACCCCUUUGCCAGUAUAUAAGAUGCGCUUUCAACCAUGACCUGAACGCUAUACUUUUUCACGGGUCUUCCUCAGCAUCUUCAAUGCAAAUAGACAGCAAGUCAUUUUUGGAAGAGGAACUCGAGAGGAAAAUUGAAAAUGACCGAAUCGCAUGCAACAAUGGAAGUAUGGAAGUUGUCUGUCCUUACUGUUGCUGCUCUUUAUCGAGCUCAAUCGUCACCAACAAGCUUAAAUGGAUUGACCAUGUCAAGUACGACCUCGAUCCAUAUGUGUGCCUUUUUGAUGAAUGUGACUCUCCCAACGAGCUGUAUAACCACAGUGAGGACUGGUUGAACCAUAUGCGUCACCACAGCUUACGAUGGCGCUGUACAGCGAAAUCCCACGGCGUAAUAGUGUUUCAUACUAGAGAUGAUUAUGAGGACCACAUGAGCUCUAAGCAUAAGAGCACGAAGUCACAGCUGAAGAUCCUUGCGGAAAGAAGCAGUCGAUCGUCUGGUCCUCUUUUCGAAUAUUGUCCAUUAUGUGGAGAGUCCACCGGUCAUAGUCUCGAGGAGCAUGUCGCAAGCCAUUUGAGAUACCUCGCACUCAAGUCACUCCCUUUCCCGGAUAGCUACGAAUAUGAUGAUUGUUCCGAAGAUCUAGCCAGUGAGUUCCAGUCUGCAGGCGGCCGGACCCGGAGUACUAUAUUGGAAGACGACGACCUGUCUCAGUUGCCAUCAGAAAUUGGUGACCAAAAUGAGCCCGUCGCCCAUGGUUCCCCUGCGUACCCUCCACACCUAUCGCACGAAUCGUUGGUGCACCUACCACCUGAGCGCGCGUCCCAACAGUCCCAUCUUUCUUCUAUCCCUACAAUCGGGGACAGCGCCAACGGUAUGGCUGACCUUGAAACGGCAGCUGCGUUGAUGACAGAUAUUCAAAGCAACGCUGCUACUGAGCCAGAUUACGUCUUGCCUAAAGCCCAGUCGCCUGCACGGUUUUAUGACCCGUUAUUACCAAACCCAGUGCUUGAUACUGAAUUGGCCGGUUCCCCUGCCGCAGGUCCAGGUUCUUCAGAAUGGGAAUUCGUAAAUACUGCUCAUAGUACUCAUCACGAUUCGUCACUGGACCCCAUAUUGUCCACUUUUCAAGCCGAAGUCUCCGAUUCGAUCUCCGACAACAAUCCUAACACAGUGCAAGCAGCACCCAUACAAAGACCGUCAGACCGUCGCGUGCUGUGUCAUGCGUGUGGUCAAAUCAUCACCCCCCAGGAGGAGGAAUCUCCAGAACUCAACGAGCUUGAAAACAUCAAUACUCUCGCAGACCAUGCUCAGUCCAUGUCUCUUGGGGCUGCGGGCGUUGACCCUGGGUCCGCACCAGACGCAACCGGCGCUCGUAAUAGUAACAAUAUUCCCACUACGACCGACGAUGAUCUAUUUACACGUGCUGUCUCUAAAUAUCGAGAUGCAUUUUUAGAGCAGCACUCUCACCUUGCGGAGGAUGAAAGGCUUCGGUUAUGGGCCCAGCAACUCCCUCAAUUUAUUGAUGGAACCUCCAAUGUUCCAAAUUUGAUCCCAACUCUAUCUGGCAGAAAGCGUCGAGGUUCUGGCUUCUCUGAGCCACCAGCCGAGCGCAUUGAGAUGGAGGACACUCUGGGAUUUCAGAGUGCCCCUACCAUCCAAUUUAUUGAUGAAGCUAAUACUGAACGCACAGGAACAAUGAACAGGGUAGCUCGCGAGACCUACGUCACUAACCUGGAUGCUGAAACCGCCGACUGUGCUAACACUGUGGCCAGUCCCGGUUGCGAGCAUAGGGAUGAAAUACUCAAACGUUAA